GCCAAUCAGUUAGCUACUGCCUAGCUCCUUCCGCGCUCUCACUUGGCAGAACCAUUGAGGAGAGUCGUAGUUCUGAAAGUAUCUGCACAUCCGUUUCCGGCGGGAAGGUGAUUGGAGUCUGACCCGGAAUGUGUAGUGUAGUGAAGCGUGCGUCUUCAGUUGUUGAGAACCUGUGGGCUUCAAAGGGAUGUAAAUACACACAAAAAUUCUCAAGUAAAUGAAUACUUAACAAAAACAAAAGAUAACAGUUCGGCGUCUCAUUUCCAAAUAUGAACAUUUUUAAUAUGCGUCUGUUGAGUACUACUAGAAGAUGUAUCUUCCAAUUAGCAGUACCAGGUGGGACAAAACGGGGGUUAUUAUUAAUAAUGCCCAACAAAGUCAUUACUUGUAGAACACUGGUUUUGUCUACUUUGUUGAACAAGGAUUCUUCCCCAAGUGCCACUGAGAAACUAGAUUUGGAUGGAUGGAAACAUGUCGUGCGAUCUGCAUUGCGUGAAGAAGCCAAUGAAAGAACAUCAGAGAGUGAAGAAGAUUCUAACUUAGCAGCUACUAGGGAACUUAUUGAGAUGUGGAGGCUUUCAGGUAAAAUGGUUCCAGAAAAUAUCAGCGAAGAGCAGUUUAAGAUUCUAAUGGAAUAUCCCACCAAGAGUUCCAAAAGGAAGUACUUAAAAUUCUUGGCUCUAAAAGAAUUUGCGAAGAAAGCCAGAAAAGAAAAGCAGGAAAAACAAAAGGAGGCAAACAGGGAACUGAUAUUGAAAGCUAAGGAAAAUUAUGAUGGUGAGCUAAAAAAUACAUUUCUUAUUAGGUUUUGGUCUAAGUCAGAGGAUGCAGUGUACAACUGGAGAGCUGCUCAGUCUAUGAUCUUUGGUCAGCCUCUGGUAUUUGACAUGGACUAUGAAAAUUAUAUGUCACGUAGAGAAAUGGACAAUGCAGUGAAACAGCUGAUGGAAUCUGAAGGGGCCAAUCGUAGAGCUUUGGACCCAUUUCACUUGUAUUAUUGUAAUCUCAAAACUGAUGGUCCAUAUUACAAAGAAUUUAUCAAACGUUAUGGAGAAGCAUGGGACAAGUUGUUUGUGACAACGACAGAAAAGGCUCAUGUUGAAAUCUUUCCAAGAGAUCAGCUUGUCUACUUAACUGCUGAUUCUCCCAAUAUAAUGAAAACAUUUGAGCAUGAUAAAAUCUAUAUCAUUGGAUCUUUAGUUGAUAAAUCAUUACAGACUGGACUCUCACUUGCUCGUGCAAAGCAGCUGGACUUGACAACAGCCCGACUUCCUUUGGACAAGCACUUGCAGUGGGGGGAAGGUGGCAAAAAUCUCACUUUGGAUCAAAUGCUGCGUAUCUUAUUAACUCUGAAAGAUACGGGAAAUUGGAAGGAUGCUCUACAAUUUGUUCCACGCAGAAAACAUGAAGGCUUUGUAGAAACUUCUUCCUGGUCAAAGCAUCAAAUUGACACAUGGAAGAAAACAAAGAUGAAUGAAAUAGUGGCUGAGCAAGAAAAGGCACGCAAGCGAUUUGCAGAAAAAGUCUCCAGGGUGCAACUGCAAAAAAAAUGGUGGGAAGAUGCAUCUUAAUAGCUUCUUAGUCACCCAGUGUAUGACUAAUUGCAAAAUUUGAAUUAAAUCAAAAUUUAGUCUUAA